AUGAAGUUCACCACUGCAACUCUUGCCACCACCAUGCUGGCGACUGGCGCUUUUGCAGCUCCACGGCCCGGGCUAGUUGAUCGUCUACAAGCGCGAGGUGUUCUAGGACGCCAAUCCGUGCCGGCCGAGAAGAACGGCGUCCUUCUCAAGGACGGUUCCGAUUCCGCCAACGUUCAGUAUAGCAAGAACUGGGCUGGUGUAGUGCGUGAGAACCCACCAGCCAGUGGCACAUACACAGCCGUCUCGGCUACCUUCACUGUGCCUAACCCGACAGCCACCGACAAUUCCGGUGAUAUGCAAGCGGCUUCUGCCUGGGUUGGUAUCGAUGGUGAUACUUAUGCCAAGUCGAUCUUGCAAACAGGAAUCGAUGCCUAUAUCCAGAAUGGAGUGAAGUCCUACGAUGCCUGGUACGAAUGGUACCCAAAUAGUGCGGAGAACUUCGAUCUAGACCUUUCAGAGGGUGAUGUGAUUGUUGCCAAGGUUGAAUCUUCCUCGCCUAGCCAGGGUGUUGCUAUUAUUGAGAACCAGUCCUCCGGCGAGACUGUGACCAAAACACUCUCGGCACCUUCCACCUCGGCUACUCUUGGUGGUCAGAACGCAGAGUGGAUUGUUGAGGACUUCAACUCUGGUUCUUCGAUGGUCCCGCUUGUCAAUUUCGGAGAGGUUACAUUCAGUGGUGCCCAGGCUGCAGCUUCUGUUGGAGAGUAUGGUGUGAAUGAUGGCGAGGUUUUGAACAUUCAACAGAAUGGCAAGGUGCUCGCUAAGGUUGAUGUUCAGAGCGAUACUGAGUUCACUGUUAUCUACCAGUCAUAG